UGAAUAAAAACCGAUAUAUAAAAAGGGCGAGUGAAGAUGAAGCUAGCUUGAUUCUGCUAUUCAUCCUCUCCCAGAUUCAAUGAUGGAGCCAACGAGCUUUCUCCACAUAGAAAGCUCUUUUCGUUCCCUAUUUGCAGUCGCUUCGAAUCGAAUGCGCUUCUUCUGUUCUCCAAAUUACGGAACUCAACAACUAUUCGGAGGCUCAAUGCUUCUGUAUCGAUAGCCAUGCUUUUUGGUUCUAUGUAAAUCUACUGUAAUCGGAGAUUCUAGGUUUUCGGAUUCCUGAAAUCCGUUCUCGAUCGACACUAGGUUAAAAAGUUUCAAUCUUUUUUUGUAUUAGUUUCAGGUUUCUUAUUUUUUUCUUUUUUCUAUUUUAUUUUAUAUAUUCAUGUAACACAAAGAAGGUUAGGGUUAGGGUUUUUCAGGGUUUUCCUUGUUUGUUCUCCCCCCUCCCCAUUCUGGGUUGUUUUGGAGAUGGAAAUGGAGGGUUCUCGUAGAUCCAUUGAUAGGUCGAGGGAACCAGGUUUAAAGAAACCUAGAUUGUCUGAGGAAACCGAACGAGAUCGUAGUUUUAACGGCGUUGUUGAUCGUGAUCGUGAUCGAGCGUUUCAGCAGAGACUCUCUACUGUUGGAAGCGGCCCCGGUGCUGGACCUUUGCUUUCGAGGUUUAAAACGAACGAGAGGGAACGGAAUGUGGAGAGAGAUGAGCCUGUACGAGGAGUUUAUCAGCAGCAGCAGCAGCAGCAGCUUCAAGAGCUUGUCAGUCAGUAUAAAACAGCUCUCGCAGAAUUGACCUUCAAUUCAAAGCCAAUCAUCACUAACCUCACUAUUAUAGCGGGGGAGAACCUCCAUGCUGCCAAGGGGAUCGCUGCCACUGUCUGUGCGAAUAUUCUUGAGGUACCCAGUGAGCAAAAGCUACCAUCUCUCUACCUUUUAGAUAGUAUUGUAAAGAACAUUGGGAGAGAUUAUAUUAAACACUUCGCUACCAGACUACCUGAGGUGUUCUGCAAGGCCUACAGACAGGUUGAUUCUUCAGUUCAUUCUGGUAUGCGGCAUCUUUUUGGGACUUGGAAAGGUGUAUUUCCGCCUGCCACUCUUCAGAAAAUAGAGAAAGAACUUGGUUUCUCACCUGCAAUGAAUGGCUCAUCUUCUGGCAUUUCAGAAUCGAGGCCUGAUUCACAAUCACAACGCCCUCAGCAUAGCAUUCAUGUGAAUCCUAAGUAUUUAGAGGCGAGGCAGCGCCUGCAACAGUCAAACAAGAACUCUCAACGUCCCCAAAGAGAAGUGUUAAGUGAGCCUGUUCAUGAGAAGAACACUGGUGCAACUUAUGGAGAUUAUGAAUAUGGUUCUGAUCUUUCAAGGCAUCCGGACAUGGGAGCAGAAAGUGGCAGUGAGAGGCUUACUGAGAGAGGACUUGACAAGACUUGGUAUGGAGCCAGAAGCAGUGCUGACUCGGUUGUUGGCCUCACCAAUGGGUUUGAUGCACGGCAUGGAUUUUCAAACUACCAAGCACCUAGAUCUACUACUCAGGCUGUUGCUCAGCUACAGAACACUCCGAGCACUGUAAACAGAAGUAGCAGAGGGAUAUCUAAGAAUUGGAAGAACUCAGAGGAAGAGGAGUACAUGUGGGACGAUAUGAACUUCAGAUUGACAGAUCAUGGGGCCCCUGAUAGCUCAAGGAGAGAUGGUUGGACUCCAGAUGAUUCAGAAAAGCUGGAUGAAGAACACCUUCCACAACCUCUUAGCGAACAUGAUAUUGGGUCUAAAAUUAAUAGAGAAACUUCCUCGGAUUCAAAAUCCAUGACAAAGAGAGGACAAGCAACAUUUGGGCAUCGAACAUCACCAAUGUGGUCAUUGCAAGAGCCACACCCAGUAGAUGCCCAUACAGGCCAAACUUUAAUGGUUUCAGGUGGUUCAGCUUCUCUGAGUAGUCCUUUCACCAGGGCUGGGCUUCGUCCCCAGAUGGUUCCAUCGUCGGGAUCUGCUGGAGUUUUAGGGCAACAACGGCAUCUUCCUUUGGGAUCUGCAUCCCCAUCCAGACAGUCUCCCAGUCACCAGGAUCCUCAUUCACCUGUAUCUUUUGCACUUCAUCAGCAUCAACAAUCACAUAAUUUGUCUGAGCUAGACCAUCCCCAAUCAGAGCACUUUGCUCAGCCUGGUUUGAAACCAUCUCAGCUUGCGGGAUCAUUGAAUCAUGUACCUCAAGAGUCUUCCCCCGUCCCCUUUAAUCAGCCUGGUACUCAGCCAAAUUUGCAAUUGAAUCAAUCACAGCCUCCCCAACAUCUACAAACUCCAUCUCCUUUGAUGCCUUUUCCUCAACUAAGGCCUCAUACUCCCUUCUCACAGCAGCAGCCUCAGCCAGAGAAAUUGCCGUCUCAAAUAUCGGGUCAGUCCCGUAAGCUACUGCCUCAAGUACCAAAUUUUGGAACUCUAACAACAGGCUCUUCUGUGCCUAGCCAUUCUAAUAGUUCCACCGUGGAGCAAACUGGAGAAUCAAACACUAGAAGUUUGUUGGAUGCAGUUUUGAAAAAGGGACUGUUCUCAAACAACUUAGGCCUCCCCAAUCUUAAUUUCCAGGAGUCGGGGUCGCCAUCUAAUUUGAACAUACGGCCCCCCCUGCCAAGUGGUCCUCCCCCAAUCCAGCAUGCUGGAUCAUCUACUCCUUUGGUUUCACCAUCUUCUUCAGCUUCAGCUUCCCGUGGGAAUGCAUCAGCUGUAACGACACUCCCUCAGAGAACAGCUGUCCGGCCUCCUUUGCCUCCUGGACCUCCACCUUCCUCAUCUAUUGUUGGUAGCACAUCAACGCAGACAUCAAGUAUAACCAGUGCUACUCCCAAUCCUCUUUCAAGUCUUUUGAAUUCAUUAGUUGCACGGGGCUUGAUAUCUGCAUCAACGACAGAGUCAUCAACUGUUACUGCUACCCAGGUGCCUAGUCAAAACCAAAAGCUGAGUCCUGGUCCAAGUACCAGUAGUUCCAUGUCAGUUUCCCUGAGUCCAGCUGCUGCAACCAUCCCUUCAUCUUCUGGGAAUGAACUUCCUUUUACAGAAUCUGGCGCAAAGAGCACAACUACCUUGUCUCAAGCCACCACAAGUGAAUUGAAGGGCCUCAUCGGGAUGGAGUUUAAGCCGGAGAUUAUCCGGGAAUCACAUCCAUCAGUUAUCAGUGGCCUCUUUGAUGACCUUUCCUAUAAUUGCAAUAUCUGUGGUCUUCGACUUAGACUUAAAGAAAGACUUGAUAGACAUAUGGAGUGGCAUGCUUCAAAGAAGCCUGAACAAAGUAGUUGCAAUAUGGUUUCAAGGAGAUGGUAUGCAAAUUUGGGCGACUGGAUUGCAGGUAACGUAUGGCAUCCAUCUGGACCUACUUCCACUGCUUCAAUUGAAAUUUCAGUGAAUGUAGCAUUGGAGGAAAGUGAACAGGCAGUACCUGCUGAUGAAAGCCAGUGUGUGUGUGUCUUGUGUGGAGAGCUGUUUGAGGAUUUCUACUGUCAUGAAAGAGACAUAUGGAUGUUCAAAGGAGCGGUGUAUAUGAUCAUUCCAGCUGGGGAUGACAAUGGAGGAACUGGUGGGAGUGCUGUCCAGGGUCCUAUUGUGCAUGCAACCUGUGCUUCACAAAUUUCUGCUUAUGACUUGGAACAGGCAGGUGAAUGAUGCUUUGAAGUUGUAAAUCCACAUGACUCAUUGUACUGAGGGUAUGAUGAAUGAACUGACACAAGAUAUGCAGUUUUACCCUUGUUCAUCAGGCUAAUUUGCUGGUGCUUGGAAAAUGGGAUCGUGGGCCGAGCAACGCCUCAAUAUGUUCUAUUUUCCGCAUCAUUUCUUUUUCAAAAGAAAUAUAUAAAAUACAAAUCCAUAGAUAUUUUGCUCUUUGGAUUUCUUCUCUGAUGUGGGUUUUGUGUAUUGUUCCUUGAAAUCUCCUUUCUUCAAGCUGGCUUAAGUUCUUACCAAAAAGAGGAAAAAAACUGGCUUAAGUUGGUUUGUGGUUAAUUCCAGCAAAUGAUGUAGCUACCAAAGAAUCCUGUCCUCUGUAAUCAGUUUUGCAGUUGGUUGCCUUUUUUUUU